CGGAGAAGGCGGGGCUCCGGCUUUCUGGUCCUCCUCAGGACCCGUCUUGUGACGUACUUCCGGAAUCGGCAGCCGGCAGGAAGCAGCGGACAUGGGUCAAAGUCAGAGUGGCGGACACGGGCCUGGAGGUGGCAAAAAAGAUGACAAGGACAAGAAGAAGAAAUAUGAGCCCCCUGUACCAACCCGAGUGGGCAAGAAGAAAAAGAAGACAAAAGGUCCAGAUGCUGCUAGCAAACUGCCCCUUGUGACUCCUCAUACGCAGUGCCGGCUGAAGCUGUUGAAACUGGAGAGAAUCAAAGAUUACCUACUCAUGGAGGAAGAGUUCAUCAGGAACCAGGAACAGAUGAAGCCCCUGGAGGAGAAGCAGGAGGAAGAGAGGUCAAAGGUCGAUGACCUGCGAGGAACCCCCAUGUCUGUUGGCACUCUGGAGGAGAUCAUUGAUGAUAAUCACGCUAUAGUUUCAACAUCUGUAGGAUCCGAGCACUAUGUCAGUAUCCUGUCUUUUGUAGACAAGGAUCUCCUGGAACCCGGAUGCUCCGUGUUACUCAACCACAAGGUUCAUGCUGUGAUCGGGGUUCUCAUGGAUGACACUGAUCCCUUGGUGACAGUCAUGAAGGUAGAGAAAGCACCUCAGGAAACAUACGCGGAUAUAGGAGGACUGGAUAACCAGAUCCAGGAGAUCAAGGAGUCUGUGGAGCUUCCCCUCACCCACCCAGAGUAUUACGAGGAGAUGGGCAUCAAGCCACCCAAAGGUGUCAUCCUCUAUGGCCCUCCCGGGACAGGUAAGACCCUGCUGGCCAAAGCUGUAGCAAACCAAACAUCUGCCACCUUUUUGAGGGUCGUGGGCUCGGAGCUCAUUCAGAAAUACCUGGGAGACGGCCCCAAGCUCGUUCGGGAGCUGUUUCGCGUGGCCGAGGAGCACGCCCCGUCCAUUGUAUUUAUUGAUGAAAUCGAUGCCAUCGGUACAAAAAGAUACGACUCAAACUCCGGCGGAGAGCGCGAGAUCCAGAGGACCAUGUUGGAGCUUCUGAACCAGCUGGAUGGGUUUGACUCGAGAGGAGACGUCAAAGUAAUAAUGGCCACAAACAGGAUAGAGACUCUUGACCCGGCGCUAAUCAGACCAGGACGAAUUGACAGAAAAAUUGAGUUUCCUCUCCCUGACGAGAAGACUAAGAAGAGAAUCUUCCAGAUUCACACGAGUCGCAUGACCCUGGCAGACGACGUUACCUUAGAUGAUUUAAUUAUGGCAAAAGAUGAUCUCUCUGGGGCAGAUAUAAAAGCCAUCUGCACGGAAGCUGGCCUCAUGGCCCUCAGAGAGAGGAGAAUGAAAGUAACCAACGAAGAUUUCAAGAAAUCAAAAGAAAACGUCCUCUACAAGAAGCAGGAGGGAACCCCCGAGGGGCUUUAUCUGUAAACGUUGUUUUUUUUUCUUGUAUAUUUUUUUAUUUCAUGUGAAAGGGGAAGGUUUUCUGUUAACGUGGGAAGAAAAAACAUGCAGUCUCUUCCACGUCCGGUGUCACGGCUAAGCCAGGCCUACCUGUCCCCGUGGAAGCACCGUUAACGGAUAUUGCCCGCUGUAGAAGCGGCCGGGUGAAUAUUCAGCGCGUGAUACCUGGCAUAAGGGUGUUUCAUUAAGCAAAUUAUCGGCUAGGACUGGUGUUAAGUAUUAGCGUUUUCAAAAUAAAACUAUUCAAUGAA